GAGGGCGACGCAGAUGUAUUCCACGUGAAAAGUAUCAACUAUGGCACCAGGACCACAGGAGCCUGAGAUCAUUCUCGCUCAAAGACUAGCAUCAAACGACAAAUCUAUUAGGACUAAAGCUUUAAAGGCGCUCAGGAAGUACAUUAAUCUCCGAUCUCAAAAGAUCGAAGGUGGUUUUACGAGUGAAGACUUGCUGAAGAUAUGGAAGGGGCUUUUCUACUGCCUGUGGAUGCAGGACAAGCCUCUUCUGCAGGAGGAACUUUCACACAGAAUCUCUGGCCUGAUUCAUAGUUUCCAAACCACUGACAACCAGCUGCUGUAUUUUGCAACAUUUCUCCAGACUAUAAAGAGAGAAUGGAACGGCAUCGACAGACUUCGCAUGGACAAAUUUUACCAGCUGGUUCGCUUCAUGUUCAGACAAGCUUUUGAGGUUCUCAAGAGGAGGGAAUGGGAGUCCAGUGCAGUAAACCAGUUUUUACAGGUCUUCACAGAUCAGAUUUUGCAGAACACCGAUCAUGUACCGAAAGGACUGAUUCUGCACAUUCUGGAUCUCUACAUGGCUGAGUUGGCUCAAGUCGGCUCCGCUGAGCUGACAGCAGAACAGAACCAGACUUUCAUCAACCCCUUUUGCAAAACCAUGGCCAAGACCAAAGAUUGCUUUCUGUUGAGCUCCAUCUCCAAGAACAUCUUCAGGACUAUUGUGGAUCACGCACCUUAUGCAAUUGAAGACCUGAUGAGGGAGCUUCAGCAGGGAGGAGGAGACAAUUCAGACUCUGGCCAGGCUUCUGGGGAGGAGGAGGAGGAGGAAGACAUAGGAGAGGAAGAAGAGCUGAAGAACAAAGCAUGCAAGAAGCCUAAAGUGAAGGUCAAAGGCAUCUCUAAGGAAGUGGAAAACAGCAAAGGAAGUAAAGAUGAUCUGGAUUUGAACAGCAUGGGCUCUGAAGAGGAUGACUGUGCUGGUCCUGUUCUACAGUUUGACUACGGUGCAAUAGCUGAUCAUCUUUUUGAGUUGGGCAGCCACUUCAAUACACGAAACAUCAACCGCACAAAGAUGUACAACUUGGUGAAGACUUUUCGUGAUUUAAGUGAAGGUAUUUUCCCUCAAACAGAGGAUGAUAACGGUGACCUGAGUGACACAUCAGAUGAUGAGAAAUUUAAUAAUAAGAAGAAGAGGAAAAACGAGAAGCCCACAACUGGGGAUGAAACUGUGGCGAAGAAGAGCAAAGCAAUAAAAAAAAAAGCCACGGACACAUCACGUGUAUCACUGGAGGCCGAUGGAACUCCAAGAGAGCAAGAUAUGGAAAAGGAAAGAGUGGUUCUGAAAGAUAAUUCCCAACAUCAUGAGCUUGACAGCCAAGAGAAGACUUCAGAAAUAGAAGCUGAUGGUGAAACAGUGUUUCGGCAUAAUGAAUCAGACUCACAAAGCCUAGUGGAGGCCAGUAUCACUGUCAAGAAGAAGAUGAAAAGUAAAAAGCUGAAGACAAACUCACAGAAUGUGGGGGAUGAAGCACAUGAAUUUCAGCUUGUUUUAGAGGAAUCUGAUGGAGAACACCAGAGUGACAGUGUGAUGAAGCAGAAAAGUUUCACAGCAAUGUCAGGUGUUGGGAGCACUCAAACUAGCACAGAUCAUAAGCCUGAGAUGGCAUCACUUGUAGAAAGUCCUGUGGAAGCUGACCAGGCUGAAUGUGGUGUUUCUCUUAUGCAGGUGAAAAAUAAGAAGAAAAACAAGAAAAAAAAGUUGAACAUGGGAGAAGAGAAAAUGGACACAGAAACCAAUGGACAGAUUGUGGAAAAACCAUCAAAGGAGAGUUCUCUUCACAGCCAUUUGGAGACUACAGAAACAGAAGUUGACAAAACAAAAUCCCAGGGUGGUGACUCUGGUCAGUUAGAGGCCAGUACCAUGGUGAGAAAGAAGAGGACAACAAGCAAGGACCUGUGCUCAAGCUUACAGGAAGUUGGGGAAGAAGUAGCAGUCCAGUCUCUAAGGAACAUAAGGCUGGUGCCUAAAGAACACAACGCUGGUGAUGAGAUCAGAAAGCUGUCCACACAUCAGAAAGGGGUCAAGGACAACGCAACACAAAGACAACUGGGGACAAGUACCACCCAAAUCAAGAAGGUGAAAAGAAAGAAUCUGAAGGCCAUCUUACAGGAAGUUGAAGUAGCAGUUAAAUCUCCAGCUAUAUUGGAUGACCCUGAUGAACACAACAGUGAUGAUGAGAUUAGCAGACAUCCCUGUCCUACAUCAGAGGAAGACAGCAUAACACAGUGUAGACUGAAGGCACGUACCACCAAGAAAAAAAAGGGGAAGAGCAAGAAUCUCAUGUCCAGUUCACAGGGAGUAGGGAAAGAAGUAAACUCCACAUCACAAGACAGCUGUACAGAGGUUGUGGCAACAGGUAUAGCAACACCUGCUGCUGAAGUGACAAGUGCUGAAGCUCAGCCAUCAGACACUCUCAUGGUGAGGACAAAGAAAAGCAAGAAGAUGAAGUCAAAAGAAGAAACUGGGAGCAAACUUCAGGUAGCUCUAGAUGUCAAAGAAGCUGAGGUUACAAUGUACAGUGCACACAUUACUACUAAUGAAAAUAAAGGUGAUACCUCUGAAUGUUUUCAAUCCAAAUCAGUGAAGAAAGGCAAGAACAAGAAACAGAUUUCUUCAAAUGAGGACGAGUGUACAUUUGAAGCUAAAAAACAACUUGUGGUAGAAGCUGCUUCUACCACACAGACACACACCACACCACAGAAAAAUAAGAAAAUCCAGAAGAGACAGGAAAGUCAGCCUGCAGAAGAGGCAAAAGAAGACCCCAUUCUGAAGAAGACUGUAACAGAUACUGUGCCAUCAGACGACAUCUGCACACCUCAAAUUAAGUCCCUCACCCCAAUGAAAAAGGGGAAAAAGAAGAGGAAGCUACAAACAGAGGAGGCAGAAACCUCUCAGAGUAACAGACAUGCGGACGAACACAUGGGUGGAAAGAAAGUUAAAAUCAGUGGCAUUGAGGUUUCCACAUCAGUUACCCCCAAGAAGCUGAAGAUGGAAAAAGCCUCACCAAAAUCUGACUUUAUAUCCUUUCGGGGUCAAAUAAACCCCCCGACUCCACUGUUCUGUAAAACCAAACCAAAAGGCAGCACACCUCUGACCAGAAUCAAGAAAUUCCAAACUCCAAAAUCAGAAACUAAGAAAGUGACCUUUGGGCUCAAGAACAAUAAAACCACUGAAUUCAGGAAGAUGGAUAGGAGCUUGUUGGUGAGUCCUGUCGGAUCGUCCCGUGUGGCCUUUGAUCCUAAAAAGAUGCCUGUGUCAGGGGUGCUGAAGUCUCCUCCUCUGUCUCCAGUCAUUAGUGUGAAAAAAACUGCAGCCAAGAAAAGAGCAACGGCAGCAGAUUUCUUCUAAAACCACAGCUUGUGUAAAAGUUUCUUCCUAUGUUUUAAUUAUACCCCAUUCUGAAAGAGCUCACAAAUUUAAACUUACUGAAAUCUAGGACAUGCAAUAAAAAUAUAAAACAUUCAAUAACAUUUUUAACUUCUGAGAUACUUGUUGCUGACUUUUUGUACUGAAAGCAAAUCAGUUGUAAAAAGAUACAGAUGAAGCAUGAACAUAAAAGUAAAACAUUUUCAACCCUGUUUUGACAUUUAGUGCAAAUGUAAUUUUGAGAAGUCUGUUUGUGAGAAGUUUUCAGCUGAACCAGGUUUCGUACCUUUUGUUUUGUGGCUUUAAUAAAAUAUUCUUAUUUGUUAA